AUGCAGUGGAAGAUGUGUAUCGACAGCAAUAAAGGGGAUACGGAUGCCCGCGCUUGGGAUGAUAAGGAGCUGCCGCAGCUGGAAGAAGAGCAGAUGACCGUAGUGGUAAGACCGAAGAAACAGAUGCUUGAUGGCGGUGGAAGUCUGAAUCCUAGUGGUGUCCGCGACCGUGGUGUAGUCGACACUCUUUUGGGUCCGCUUGUGCUGCCAUCGUAA